GCCGCGAGCGCCCCCGACCCCGACGGCAGCUGCGCACGCUGGGCGCACACCCCGCGCGCCCUUCACCUGCGCCGCCAAGGGAGUACCCGGACGCAGGAACAGCGCUCCGCCCGGGGACACCGAGGCAGGUUCGCCGCUGCCGUCGCCCGUGGGCGCCCCGCGGGGAUCCAGGAGAGCCAGCAUGUCGGCCCUGCGCGCAGCCGCGGUCCUCCUGCUGCACCUGGUCUUGCAGCCGUGGCUGGGGGCCGAUGCCCAGGCCGCCCCCCAGGUCUUUGACCUUCUUCCAUCCUCCAGUCAGAGGCUGAACCCAAGCAUUCUGCAGCCAGUCCUGACAGACCCCACCCUGAAUGAGAUCUAUGUAAUCUUCACCUUCAAGCUUCAGACUAAAAGCUCAGCCACCCUCUUUGGCCUUUACUCUUCAACUGACAACAGCAAAUAUUUUGAAUUUACAGUGAUGGGACGCUUAAACAAAGCCGUCCUCCGUUACUUGAAGAAUGAUGGGAAGAUUCAUUUGGUGGUUUUCAACAACCUGCACGUAUCUGAUGGACGGCGGCACAGGAUCCUCCUAAGACUGACCAAUUUUCUGCAGAGGGCUGUCUCUGUAGAACUCUACCUGGACUGCACCCAAGUAGAUUCCAUUCACAAUCUCCCCAGAGCCUUUUCUAGCCUCUCCCGCAGUCCUGGGUCCAUUGAAUUGAGGACUUUCCAGAGGAAGGCACAGAACGUCUUAGAAGAACUGAAGCUGGUGGUGAGAGGCUCCCUGAUCCAGGCGGCCAGCCUGCAAGACUGCUUCCUGCAGCAGAGUGAGCCGCAGGCCACCAUGAGCUCAGGGGACUUUAAUCGACAGUUUUUGGGGCAAAUGAGCCAACUAAACCAGCUACUGGGAGAGCUGAAGGAUCUUCUGAGACAGCAGGUCAAGGAAACAUCAUUUUUACGAAACACCAUCGCUGAAUGCCAGGCUUGUGGUCCUCUCAGCUUUCAGUCUCCGACCCCAAACACACUGGUGCGCCCGGCACCCCCAGCACCCCCAGCAUCCCCAGCAACCCCAGUAUCUCCAGCUUCCCUAAAGCGCCGGUGUGACUCCAACCCCUGUUUCCAAGGUGUCCGAUGUACUGAAAGCAGAGAUGGCUUUCAGUGUGGACCCUGCCCAGAGGGCUACACAGGAAAUGGGAUCACCUGCUCUGAUGUGGAUGAGUGCAAAUACCAUCCCUGCUACCCGGGCGUGCGCUGUGUGAACUUGGCUCCUGGCUUCAGAUGUGAUGCCUGCCCCGUGGGCUUCACAGGCCGUAUGUUGCAAGGUGUGGGGAUCAGUUUUGCCAAGUCAAACAAGCAGAUGUGCACCGAUAUUGAUGAGUGUCGAAAUGGAGCAUGUGUUCUCAAUUCUGUCUGUGUUAACACUUUGGGUUCUUAUCGCUGUGGGCCUUGUAAACCGGGGUACACUGGUGAUCAGACAAGGGGGUGCAAAGCUGGAAAAAGCUGCCGAAACCCGGAACUGAACCCUUGUAGUGUGAAUGCACAGUGCAUCGAAGAGAGGCAGGGUGAUGUGACAUGCGUGUGUGGAGUCGGCUGGGCUGGUGACGGUUACAUCUGUGGAAAGGAUGUGGACAUCGACGGUUACCCUGACGAAGAACUGCCAUGCUCUGCCAGGAACUGCAAGAAGGAUAACUGCAAAUAUGUGCCAAAUUCUGGUCAAGAAGAUGCAGACAGAGAUGGCAUUGGAGAUGCUUGCGAUGAGGAUGCUGAUGGAGACGGGAUCUUAAAUGAGCAGGAUAACUGCAUCCUGACUCACAAUGUAGACCAAAGGAAUAGUGAUAAAGAUAUCUUUGGGGAUGCUUGUGACAACUGCUGGACUGUCGUAAAUAAUGACCAGAAAGAUACUGAUGGCGAUGGGAAGGGAGAUGCCUGUGACGAUGACAUGGAUGGAGACGGAAUAAAAAACAUUUUGGACAACUGCCAAAAAAUUCCCAAUCGUGACCAACGGGACAAGGAUGGUGAUGGUGUGGGAGAUGCCUGUGACAGUUGUCCUGAUGUCAGCAACCCUAACCAGUCUGAUGUGGAUAAUGAUCUGAUUGGGGACUCCUGUGACACUAAUCAGGACAGUGAUGGAGACGGGCACCAGGACAGCACAGACAACUGCCCCACCGUCAUCAACAGUGCCCAGCUGGACACUGAUAAGGAUGGUAUUGGCGAUGAGUGUGAUGAUGACGAUGACAAUGAUGGCAUCCCUGACCUGGUGCCCCCUGGACCGGACAACUGCCGGCUAGUCCCCAACCCAUCCCAGGAGGACAGCAACAGUGAUGGGGUGGGAGAUAUCUGUGAGACAGACUUUGACCAGGACCAGGUCAUUGACUGGAUCGACGUCUGCCCGGAGAAUGCAGAGAUCACCCUGACUGACUUCAGGGCCUACCAGACCGUGGUCCUGGAUCCUGAAGGGGAUGCCCAGAUCGACCCCAACUGGGUGGUUCUGAACCAGGGCAUGGAGAUUGUGCAGACCAUGAACAGCGAUCCCGGCCUGGCUGUGGGGUACACGGCUUUUAAUGGAGUUGACUUUGAAGGGACCUUCCAUGUAAAUACCCAGACAGAUGAUGACUACGCUGGCUUUAUCUUUGGUUACCAAGACAGCUCUAGCUUCUACGUGGUCAUGUGGAAGCAGACGGAGCAGACAUAUUGGCAAGCCACCCCCUUCCGAGCUGUUGCAGAACCCGGCAUUCAACUCAAGGCCGUUAAGUCUAAGACCGGCCCGGGGGAGCAUCUCCGGAACUCCCUGUGGCACACCGGGGACACCAGUGACCAGGUCCGGCUGCUGUGGAAGGACUCCCGGAACGUGGGCUGGAAGGACAAGGUGUCCUACCGCUGGUUCCUGCAGCACAGGCCCCAGGUUGGCUACAUCAGGGUGCGGUUUUAUGAAGGCUCCGAGUUGGUGGCUGAUUCCGGGGUCACCAUAGACACCACCAUGCGUGGAGGCAGACUUGGCGUUUUCUGCUUCUCUCAAGAAAACAUCAUUUGGUCCAACCUCAAGUAUCGCUGCAAUGACACCAUCCCAGAGGACUUCCAAGAGUUUCAAAUCCAGACUUUUGAUCGAUUGGAUAAUUAAACCAAGAAAGCCAUCCAUAACUGCUUUUCCAAACACUAAAGUCAUAUAUUUUUUAACUUCUUGUGAUUUUCUUUAUAUAAGCUGUGGCUUGCUUUUACCAGCCCAAGUAUAUCAAAACUUUUUAUAUGAAUGUGACAAUAAAAGA